AUGGCAGGCACUCCGAGCAAUUAUCAUGGUAGUAUCAUUGCCUUGGAGGGCUCAGGUGAUACCGUCUCGACGCAAUUGCGCCUUCUUCCCAGCAGUCCCAAGAUAUUGGUUCUUCCCCCAUUCCAGCAUUUUAUGAGCCAAGAUGAGGAAGACCUGCCCUUUGAUGCACAGUCGUGUAUUCUGAAGACCCACGAAGCCUGUUGCGCGAGGAUAGAAAAGGCCCACGCGUUUCUACGCGACUCAACGGCGGAUGACAAGCGACUUGUCUUCAUGAAUGGCGGAACGGCAAGCGCGCGGAUGAACUGCAUUGCUUCAAUCAGCAAACAUGGUCUUAAAGGUGAUAUCUCCAAGGCUGAAAACACCUUUGAAGAGCUGGUUCGUCACGGUGUUGGAAAAUUACGGGAAAACAACCACAAGUCUAUGAGCAAAUCUCAUUCCCCCAAAACCGCCCCUUCGCCAAAUCGAAAGACUGCCACGCCACAAGAAGAAUAUGUUGAUCGCAUGUCGGCAGCCAUAAGAGCUGCGGAUGCAUUAUAUCUCGAGACGGCCUCGCUCCAGCCCAACACCGACCUUGAUCUUUCAACGAGUCACCAAAGAAGCAAAAGCGUCCCAAUCCAUCCUAAGGCUCAAGACUCGGCGGAAACUACUCCCAUGUACACGUUUGUAGCCCGAGACCUUUGCGACGAGCCAGUCUCAGCAGUGAAUAAUACUACCAAGGGCACAUAUGGUGAUAGCCUCGUCCCGCAACCGCUCAACCUAGAAGCGUUCAGACCGCGUGCAAUCCUUGACAAUAGCAUAUUGCAUCGUAUGGUGGACCAGAACUCGCCGAGAUGGGCAAAGAAGCCAUACAGGAGGUCUUUUACACCUUCGACUCCCGCCAUCGAUGACGUCUUCACUCCUCGGAGCACUACCUUCGGCUCGUUGCCCAACACACCUACAGUGGUCUUUGGAGAGGCUCGUCUGGUCGAUGUCCGCACGUCACCCAAGCAAAACAAGAACCAGCAACAUAGGAGGAGCCAGUCGGUCAAUCACGGCCAAAGUGUGUCAUCCCGAAAUACUGAUUGUUACUCUGUGGCAUCGACUUUACUGUCACAAUCUGAUGGCGACUCGGAUUUCGGUACGGCUUUGUCCUAUCAUCGUCGCAAACUUCCGCUCCGGACCGAGGACCACGCUGAGCGCUUAACCAACAACACAUCUACCAUGUCCAACAGAGCCAAUCUCCGUCGCCCGCCGCCUCUUGCCCUGGAUUCAACUACUUUUGCUUCGGCAAAAGAACGAGGGAUAUAUGUUGACAAGGGCACGAGUCCUAGCCCUCGACUUAGCGCUGACAAGACGCCCCAGCGAGAUCGAGCGUCAUAUAUCGACCGUGGUGUAGACGCUGCGGAUGAGUUAUCUCUGCUGUCCCCAGCCGUCCGGUCCGAGGAAGAAAAUACCUUUGAGGCAGCUCUCCCGCUAUAUGAAGACCUGGUUAUUCAUUUCAAUGACGAAACGAGUGAUGCGCCUCUUCGGCAGAUUUUUGCAGAGCUUUUGAGUCAACUUUGUCCUACCUCUACUUCCGAAACAGAGGUGCCGAAGGAGAAUGCUAAUAGUACGGCGACGGCGCCGAUGUCUAAUAACAAUCCUGUUAUCGCAGUGGAGCUCUGCAACCCAGAUUCGGCAUUGAGCCCAGCUUAUUCAACGGAUGGCUAUGAUCAUCCCUUGUUUGAAACACACGGCAGUUAUCUGGCGCUGCUGAGCCCUGGUAGGCCGAAGACAGGCCGGAGACCAAGUAAGAGGGGUGUAGUUGAUGCGCCUCCAACGCCUGCACGGACACCACCCUUUGCUUCGACUGCUCCUCAUAAAAGUUUUCACGAAAUCAAAACCAGCAAGGACAGUACGGCAGUGGGUGUUCAGAAUUCGCUCAGAUCAAUCUUGAACAUAUAUUUCUCGCCCGACGAGCCCGGAUACAAGCAGUUCAUCUUUCCACUGCUACCAGAACUCAGCAGCAUGUGGAAGCCCGUGUUCCGGGAAACGGAACAAACACAGGAAAAGAAAGAAAAGCGCAAUGUUGACUUGAUUCUUGCGAUUGGAGCCCAGAAAGGGGUACAAAGGGAUUUUCUCUCGGCCGUCACUGGGUCACUGGAGAAUCUUGCGACCAAGCCGAGUGGAGUUACUCGAAGUGGACGACUUGAUCUGAAGUACCUGAUUGCAAAGGCAAUGCAGUCUUAUACUUGUCUCCCCUUGGCGAAACAAACCCGAGACAAUCCAUUUACCAACCCCAAAUUCCUCGCCACCCUCAUUGUUCCUCACCUAGAAACAUAUCUUGCUGCGCACACCGAGACCCUCUUCUUGAUUCUCGAGUAUCCGGCUGAGCAUCUUGCCACUGUUCUUGCUCUCCAGAAACUUGUAGGAGUAGAUCUCCUUAAAGUUGCAGGAAUCGUCAGUGCGGAUUCUUUAGAAGCCCAAGCAGUGUCCAAGUCCCCAUCACCCAUUAGUCACAGUGUUGACUUGGGGAGACCAUCCCUUUCCAGCAUCUACUCGACCCGACCGAUACCAGAAAUUCCUUCCUUCUCAAAAGCCAACUUCAUUCUGGCUUCUUCUGCCACAAAUUCUGAAAUCGCCACACUCGUUUCCACCAUCUGGAAGAUUCUCGUUGAUAUUUCACCUUACUACAUUCCCGAGCUCUCACACAGGCCCGCCAGCUCCCGUGAGAAUAGGAUCUCGUAUGUCAAUCUGGUCAAUCCAGCGACAACAUCUCUAUCGGCACUCUCUUCCGACGAAAGUGUUCCCUUUACACGUGCUAGAGCCAUGGUACAGCCGCAAGAAGUCUCAUCAUCGGGUAUCGUUGUCAACUCCAUCGAUGUCGCAGAUCCCACACCCAAGAAGGCGAUCAAGCGCUCAUCGCUCUCGAUAAGGAGCUCCAAGAGUAAGAGGCUGACGCACAGUCCGCGGACGAGGCUUCAAAAACUCAUCGCCUCCGAGAGAGGGCCGGGCACAACCACCACCAUGGACGGCGAAGGCGCCCGCCUGACUUCAUCGCCAGUCUCGUCCAAGCACAACUCGUCCUACUUUGACGUGUCCGAGGACGAGGACGGAUGGCUGUACCAGCACGAGCGCAAAUAUGUGCCCAUGUUCAUCAGAAAGCCCGACAUUCGGAAGGGAAACAGCCGCAAGGCUCUCAAGUUCCUGGGUCUUGCAUAA